AUGGCAGCCCAGGAUGGCGAGCGAAAAGGCUGUUGUUGCUGCGGGCUGCGCGGCUCGCAACGAAGAAGGCGAUGGCUUCAGAGACGGCUGCGAUCUUAUCAGCCCGUGCCCAGUCCAGGUGUGGUGCUGACCAUCUACAUCGUAGCUGGUUGCUGCUUCUUAGUGCUAGGAGUUGUGCUGCACUUCACCAACCAGGCAGUUGUUGAGCUGUACCACGACUACACGGACGACCCGCCCGACUCGAACGGUGUAGUUUCAUUUGAGCUGGAAGUGGACGCUGACAUGAAAGCACCCAUAUGGGUCUACUAUCAGCUGUCCGGCUUCCACCAGAAUCAUCGGAUGUACGUCGAAAAUCGGGACGAUGCCCAGCUGAUGGACCCCAACGAAGCCAGCAAGGGGGCGCCUCCCCAGGCGUGCGUUCCGCGUGCCGAGACGGAUGGUCGCACAAACUAUCCCUGCGGUCUGAUUGCAUGGACAGUCUUCAAUGACAGCUUUGUACUUGCAGAGAAGACCGCCACGUCUGAGCUGCGCUUAGAGGUUGACAGCUCUGCGAGAUCCAUUGCCUGGGCCGGCGAUGUAGAGCGCUUCAGCAACCUGGACCCAGAGGCCCCAAGCCAGCGAAGAGCGGGUGUGCAGAACCAGCAUGCCCUCAACAUGUGGAUGUUGGGCUCCUUCCCACCUGUGGAGUGCUUCCAGGUCCACCUGGGGCCAGACAAACCGUUUGUCCCGAUUGAGGUGGCAACUAGGACAGAUUUCGCAGACGGGUCCCCAAGGGAAGUUCCCGACUGCCAGGGGUACAUGACAGGUGCUGCUACCUGCAACUUUGUCAGAAACAACGAGACCUUCUCCUGCACCGGGGACGACUACGAAGUGCGUCAAGUGCAGGACUGGGGAAUUGCUAGUGGGCACUUCUUAGUGUGGAUGAGGACGUCGGCUCUCCCAAAGUUCAGAAAGGCCUGGGGAAAG